AUGGUCCAGAUAACGGUCUCAGCAGCCAGACGUACUCCAUUGGCAUCUACCCUCCCCACAAUACUCGACCUUCCUUCGACUGCCACCGUCGCCGACCUUAAAACCGCUCUCGCAGCGAAAUACCCAAAGCUCUACGUUAGCCGUCAAAAACUCUCCUUGAAGGAUGAUACCUCCAAAAAGGCGUUGAACGACGACGCGACGUUGCAGGAUGCGAAUGUGGCAGAGGGCACGGAGAUCAUAGUGAAGGACUUGGGACCGCAAAUCAGUUGGCGGACAGUUUUCUUGGUUGAAUAUGACGGACAGGCUGGCCCACUCAUCAUCCAUCCACUGCUGUAUCACUACCCCAAGAUAUUCUACGGAGGCAACAUCCAGCAUAGCACGUUGCAAAGAUACGUGUACGGAAUGGUUAUCGUCCAUUUUGUGAAGAGAGAAUUGGAGACGCUAUUUGUACAUCGCUUCUCGCAUGCAACCAUGCCUGCUUUCAAUAUCUUUAAAAACUCCGCACACUAUUGGUUCUUGAGCGGCGUUCUCUUGGCCUGGUCAAUUUACAGCCCAUGGUACGGUGCCCUUUCACCCAGCGUUCGCAACUCAGCAGCCGGCAAUCCUACGUUCCUCUCAAUGAGCGUUCUUCUCUGGGCUAUCGCCGAACUCUCGAACCUUAAGACCCACCUCACCCUGCGCUCCCUCCGCCCAGCCGGCUCCCGCAAGCUUGGUAUUCCAAAGGGCUACGGCUUCGGACUCGUCUCGUGUCCGAACUAUUUCUUCGAAUGCAUGGGUUGGCUUAUCAUCGCCGGCAUGACUGGUUCUUGGGCCGCAUGGCUCUUCCUCGCCGUAUCAGGUACCCAGAUGGCCCUCUGGGCUCUUAAGAAACACAAGAACUAUAAGAAAGUGUUCGGGCCUGAGUAUCCGCGGGGAAGGAAGGCCAUGAUCCCGUUCAUACUCUAGAUCGGCUCACAGUCGCUCCUUGUCCUUCUUGGCUUGUGCGUUGAGCUCAAAUUAGAAGGGACAGGACGGGCAGGGGAAAGGAGGGACGGAGGGACGGAGGGACGGAGUGCUUCUUGAUAUGAGAGACUAUUUCCUUGGGGAACGAGGGCGUUGAGCGGAGGGAAUAGUGGUGGCGGUAGUAGCACUACCGCCUCUCCGCGCAUGAUUUCAUUAUAAUGUCCCGACUCAUAAUUAGAUACUAACCAGAGUCCAAUGAGGAACAACUUGAACAUCGUCCCAG